AGACACGAGUUGGAGAGCGUUCGGGAGGCCCCUUGUCCACCUCCUGUGAAUCGUAUCCUCUGUGUUGUGAUCGACACCCUAGACUUUUCGAAGCAAAAUGCGCGAGUGCAUCAGCAUCCACGUGGGCCAGGCCGGCGUCCAGAUCGGCAACGCCUGCUGGGAACUAUACUGCCUCGAGCAUGGCAUCCAGCCCGACGGCCAGAUGCCCUCCGACAAGACCGUGGGCAGCGGCGACGACUCCUUCAACACCUUCUUCAGCGAAACCGGGUCCGGGAAGCACGUGCCUAGGGCUGUCUUCGUCGACUUGGAGCCCUCGGUCAUCGACGAGGUGCGAACGGGUACCUACCGCGCCCUCUUCCACCCCGAACAGCUGAUCACAGGCAAGGAGGACGCAGCCAACAACUACGCCCGCGGUCACUAUACCAUUGGCAAGGAGAUUGUCGAUGUGGUGCUCGAGAAAGUGCGAAAGUUGGCCGACCAGUGCACAGGUCUCCAAGGCUUCCUGAUCUUCCACUCGUUCGGCGGUGGCACUGGCUCCGGCUUCACCUCCCUGCUCAUGGAGAGGCUCUCGGUCGACUACGGCAAGAAGAGCAAGCUGGAGUUCGCCAUCUACCCCGCGCCUCAGGUCGCCACCGCCGUCGUGGAGCCCUACAACUCCAUCCUGACAACCCACACCACCCUGGAGCACUCUGACUGCGCCUUCAUGGUCGACAACGAAGCCAUCUACGACAUCUGCCGCAGGAACCUGGACAUCGAACGUCCCACUUACACUAACCUGAACCGACUGAUUGGUCAGAUCGUGUCGUCAAUUACCGCUUCUCUCAGGUUCGACGGCGCCCUGAACGUGGACCUGACGGAGUUCCAGACCAACCUGGUGCCCUACCCCAGGAUCCACUUCCCCCUGGUCACCUACGCCCCCGUCAUCUCUGCUGAAAAGGCUUACCACGAGCAGCUUUCCGUCGCCGAGAUCACCAACGCCUGCUUCGAGCCUGCUAAUCAGAUGGUGAAAUGCGACCCACGCCACGGCAAGUACAUGGCCUGCUGUCUCCUGUACCGAGGUGAUGUUGUACCCAAGGACGUGAACGCUGCCAUUGCCGCCAUUAAGACCAAGAGGACCAUCCAGUUUGUGGACUGGUGCCCCACAGGAUUCAAGGUGGGCAUUAACUACCAGCCUCCUACAGUGGUGCCCGGCGGUGACCUCGCUAAAGUAGCUCGCGCAGUCUGCAUGCUGUCCAACACCACCGCCAUCGCUGAGGCCUGGGCACGUCUCGACCACAAGUUCGACCUCAUGUAUGCCAAGAGGGCUUUCGUUCACUGGUACGUGGGUGAGGGCAUGGAGGAGGGCGAGUUCUCCGAGGCCCGUGAGGACUUGGCCGCCCUCGAGAAGGACUACGAAGAGGUCGGCCUCGACUCCGCUGAGGGCGAGGGCGAAGAGGAAGAAGGCCAGGAGUAUUAAAAAUAAGAAAUCAAAAACAAAACAAAGCAAACUAAAAAACCCAAAAAAUAAGCAUAAAAGAAGAUCAACAAUAAAUGAACAAAAAAAAAUAAUAAAAUAAAUAAACGAUAAUAGCAAAAAAGACAAAGCGACUCCACCUCCUCCUCCAAAAGUCAAGUCGGCUCUCGAGGGCGUUCUUGAGGCUACUACUACAGCUGGCGUUGAGGGACCGCCCAGGAUGCUGAUCAACUUGCGCCACCCGGUGAAAAUAACGCGACAGGAGACCUUCUUUCCUACUUGGGACUGUUAUUAUUUUCACGACGAAGAAUCAGAAGAAUUAAAGACGAGAAGAGUUAAAGAAAAAAAUAGAUAAUCGAAACGAAGAAGAAAUCUGAAGACCAGAACAACAAAAAAAGAAAAUAUCAAGCCAACACUACAGACUUACGAGAGAAUUCUGUGACGUCACUUCCAUAACAGCGAAGACAAGCGGCAAAAUUAACUCCGUAGAGACCGCUGGCUCCUUCUUUUUUAUUUUUCUCUUAACCCGAACGCCGAAGAAGAAUUUUCGAAGGCAGCUGGAAGGUCGAUGGGAGUGCUCUUACCUUCCCUCAAGUGACGUCUUAGAAUUACAAACAAAAAAGGACGCACGUUUAAUCAAUUCACUUUUUUUUUUUUUUCAAAAUCUCCCGACAUCUGACUAGACGUUAUUUUACACUCUGCCUAUCUCAUAAUAGCCUAAUAAUAUCCGCAUAUAAUUACGUCGAAGAGAUUGUUGUCAAAUUUGCAUUAGAUUGCUUGGAUAAAUUCCCAUUCUCCUUCCCUCUCACGUGGUCGUAUUAGGGAGUACUGAUGCAAAAGAUAAUUUCUCGUGUUUUUUCUAUUAAAAGCAAAUAUAUAAGAAUAUAUAUCCCAAAGCAUUUACUUAGCUAAAAAGAUUAAAUAACCGCAUUAUACGUGUCCUAUCUAAUAUCUAUUCCAAAAGGCAUAUUUAUUACAUACAUGCUCCUUAGGAUUUUGAGACUCCAGACGCGCCAUCUUUGAAAACAACAACAUAGUGCCAAAUUUUACCCGAAAGUAUUUACCAUUGACCCCAGACACUGAAAAUAACCGCCAAGAAAUCGUCUAUUGAUGUAAAAACAAGAUACGAAACGAAAGUGAGAACCAAAUAUACGUAAUGGAAAAGUGCCAAAGAAUGAUAGACCAAAAAAUAUACAUCCGAGCAAGUGCCAAAAAAAAAAACAGACCGAACAAUGAAUCCUGAAACUAAGAACACCUGUUCAUCUACGACUCGAACUCAUCUCUCGACACUCGACUCUCCAACACAGGACGAUCCAUGACGUCACCGCGUGUCGAAUCUUCAAGGCCUGUGACGUCAUCAAGUCAGAGGUCCCCCCAACCCCCCAGCACCCCCCUCUCCACCCCCCGGGCACCAAGACGCUCCGGCAGUAAAUGAGCAACUCAGACUGUCAACCAAAACAGAGGCAAACAAUAAAACAAACAAAAACAUGA